ACAAGUCUUCGCUCUUGAAUGAAAUAAGAAAAAGGGUGAUAGCAAUUUGUCAUCUAACUUUGAAGGUACGACUUUGCAGUUUGCAGACCGCCGGUACCAGUAUCACCAUAGAAGAUUUACGGUUCAAGGUUUCAUACCUUUUCAUUUCACUGAGAUAAUUCACAGCGCAUGCAGCGCAACCAAGGCAGCUGGCACCGCUUGUUUUGAGUUUUCUUUUAUCGAAGAUUUGCGGUCCAUUUGAUUAGGCAGCACGAAAUGGUAGUCUUGGUCUUCGUUUCAAUAUCCCAAUGUUCUUGAACUUAAGAUCGGAGUUACCUUGCAGAGGGCAUUUGGUUGGCUGCAAUGGAAUUGAACUGAAGCGGCACAACACAACAAUUACCAUUAUUUUCAUACUUCCUGCUGCAGCCUUCAAUACUCAUCACGGACUAAAGGUGUGCAUACUAAUCAAUAAGUCAAGAUUUGAUAGAAUAGAAGCAUAUAUGGCCUCAGCUGCAACAGAUCUGCUGGUUAUUCGCCAAAUUGUUGGCAUACUUGAGAACGAAGCAUCCUUCAUUGCCGGGGUUGGAGAUCAAGUUGAUGAGAUUAAGCUGGAGCUGAUUAGCAUGAAAUCCUUCUUGUAUGAUGCUGAGGGCAAGGGAGCACGCACACAAGGAGAGGAGACGUGGGUAGCAAGCGUAAGAGAUUUGGCCUAUGAUGUUGAAGACGUUAUUGAUGAAUUCAUGUAUCAUAUGUAUGAGCAGAAAAUUGGAGGUCGAUUUUCGAGGUGGCUCUACAAAACCAUUAACAUUCCAAAGAAUAUCUGGUAUAGACGUCAAAUUGCAAACAAGUUACAGAAAAUCACUACAAUGAUUAAGGCCAUUCCAGAGAGAAAUCAAAGAUAUGGUUUCGCUGUUAUAGAAGGGACAAACACUUCUCUUGAUAUGCGCAAAUGGGUGCAAAACCAAGCGGAUUCUUCUCUUUUCAUCAAGGAGGAAGAACUUGUUGGAAUUGAAGACAAAAAGCAAAUGUUAUUGGGAUGGUUGAUGAAUGAAGAACAUCACCAAAUUGUUGUCUCCGUGGUUGGCAUGGGAGGAUCAGGAAAGACAACUCUAGUUGCCAAGACCUUCACCAAUGAAGUUGUCAAGAAACAUUUCGACUGUUAUGCAUGGGUUACUGUCUCCCAAAGUUAUGUGAUUGAAGACUUACUUAGAAGCUUGAUCAAGGAAUUCUACAAAACAAUGAAGGAUGCGAACCCUGAAAAUUUAAAUGUCAUGAGCUAUAGAGAGUUGCUAGAGAUGCUAGUAAACUUCUUGGAGUCUAAAAGGUACCUAAUUGUAUUGGAUGACGUGUGGGAUGUCAACCUGUGGGAAGAAAUUAAGUUUGCAUUUCCGGAUGCACAAUGUGGAAGUCGAAUCAUGCUCACAACUCGAAAAGAAGACAUAGCAUCAUAUUCUUUUGGGGUUGAAAGCCAUUUUCACAGUAUCCAACCCUUGAAAAAGAAUUAUGCAUGGGAGCUUUUCAGCAAGAAAGCAUUCUCCACUUGUCAUAACAAAAUUUGUCCACCGGAGCUUGAGCCGUUAGCUUGGGACCUAGUAGAAAAGUGUGAAGGUCUUCCUCUGGCUAUUGUCGCUUUGGGUGGUGUUAUGUCUUCUAAGAAGUCGUUGGAUCAAUGGAGCGAAGUCUACAACAGCUUAAAUUGGCAUUUGAGUAACAAUUCAUUGCUAAAACCUGUUAAAAGCAUUUUGCUGCUUGGUUUUAAUGAUUUGCCAUACCGAUUGAAGCAUUGUUUCCUCUAUUGUUCACUUUUCCCAGAAGACUAUUUGAUCAUCAAUAAAAAAGUCAUAAGAUUGUGGAUUGCUGAAGGAUUUGUCGAACAAGUCAAAGGGCUCACACUAGAAGAAGUUGCAGCAGGCUAUCUUAUGGAACUUGUUUCCCGUAGUAUGCUACAAGAAAGGUACACUAGUUGGAAUCCAGCAUGUAAGAUGCAUGAUCUUAUACGUGAGCUUGCUCUGUCAAUAGGAGAAAAAGAAAAAUUCUGUGCUGUAUAUGAUGGGAGUGAAAGAAUGGAAGAAACUGGAGCACGCCGUCUGUCAAUUCAAACAGUUGAAGGAGAAAUUGAAUGUUGUAAAGGUCUGUCACAACUUCGUUCUUUCCUUGUGUUUGUCACUGAUGCACUUUCAGUCUCUUUCUCAAAAAAAUUGGCUUCUGAAUUGAAACUUUUGAGGGUUCUAGACUUGGAGAAUGCCCCAAUUGUUAAAAUUCCAGAUGAACUAAUGUACUUAUUCAACUUGAAAUAUCUCAAUUUGAGAGGAACUCUAGUUAAGGAACUUCCAGAAGCCAUAGGAAAGCUUCGAAACCUUCAAACAUUGGACAUCAGAUUCACAAAUGUAGAGGUACUUCCAAGAGGAAUUUCCAAGUUGAUCAACUUGCGCCAUCUACUGGGUUACCGUUCCUUGAGGGAUUUUAUGCUUCUCAAAAACCGUAUUGGGGUUAAAGCACCAUCAGAUAUUAGUAAGUUGAAAAAGUUGCAAAAUCUUUCAUGUAUUGAAUCAGAAGGGAACUUCAUUACACUUCUAAGAGGCAUGACCCAACUUUUAACCCUUGGCAUUGCAAAUGUGAUAGAAAGAGAUGCAAGAGACCUAUGUGUUGCACUUGAAGAGAUGAAGAUUCUUCGCAGCCUAGACUUAUGGGUAACAAAUCAAGAGGAAUAUCUUCGAGUUGACACGUUAUCUUCACCUCCUCCCCACCUGCGGCAUAUUUGUUUGGCAGGCAAACUGGAAAAGAUACCUGUUUGGUUUUAUUCACUCCACAGCCUCACAUUCUUGCAUCUACAUUGGUCCAGACUCGAAGAAGAUUUGCUACCUCACAUUGAAGGACUGGCCUGUCUGGAGAGUGUUACCCUUGUUAAUGCUUAUGUUGGGAAAGAGUUAAGCUUCACUAGAGGCUUUUUAAAGCUUACACGACUAAGCUUGCAAAAUUUUCCAUUAUUGGAAAAGAUAACAAUAGAAAAAGGGGUGAUGCCAAAUCUCCAGUUCUUAGAACUUCAAAGAUGCAUGGGACUAACGACAUUGCCACAAGGUUUUGAGUAUCUUACUAAACUAGAAGGGUACUUAUUUGAGACUGUUCCAGAGCAAUUUAAGGAGUCCAUACAAGGAGCUGUGGAUUAUUACCAAAAGGUAGAACGUUUCAAGAUGAUAAGAGGUGAUGCCAAAUCUGCAGUGCUUGGUUAGUAUUUCAACUAGGAGGAUAUGUGAUGAAACAUGUUGGGAAGAUGACCCUACUAACUACCCUUGGCAUUACAAAUUUAAAAGGAAGUGAAAAGACGGACCUCCAUGUCUAGAUAACUCCAAAACAUGACGUUUCUUCGCAUGUUUUAUAUAAUAGCACCUGAUGAAGGGGAAUCUCUUGGAGUCAAUGCAAUGUUUUCAGCUCCUUCUGCUCUUCAAAAGCUGUAUUUGACUGUCAAGCAGGAAAGGGUACCACCUCGGUUUUAUUCACUACACUAUUUUACCUCACUUCUUCUGUAUCUACAUGCAUUGGUCUAGACUUGAAGAAGAUUUACUACCUCUGGUUGAAGCACUAACCUGUCUCAGAAGGCUUAGCCUUAUUAAUGCCUAUGCUGGAAGUGAGUUGUGUUUCAGAAGAGGCUUUACAAUGCUACAACAGUUGCAGUGGGGUGGUGCCCAAUUCUUAUCCUGGGAUAGCUGCAAGGAAUUAAAGACAUUGCCACAUGGUCUUGAAUACCAUACUCAACUAGAAACACUGAGAUUGAACUCUGUUCCUGUGAAACUUAUAGAGUCCAUACGAGAUGGAGGUGUGGAUCGCCAAAGAUACAUAACUUUAUCUUAUUUUUGCACUACUUAACUAAGCUUUCAUCAUAUAAGCUAUUCUAGUAGAAUUGCUCAAUUUUUAUUUAUUUUUCCUUUUAGGAGAGUAGAGACUAGAAAGUGCUCGAAGCUUAUAUUUUGCCUGCUGACUACAUACUAAAUUCCUUUUAGUUAGUUUCACCAGCCAUAGUAAAUACAUCAUCAUUUUCCUUCGAUAACAUGUUUUGUUUGUCUUUUUCAUUUGCUUUGCAGAAAGUUUGACAUUCGAAGAUUGUAUCCAGCUCCUGGAAAGAGCAAGUGUAAAGCUGGAAAGACCAAUAGUAUUUUCUUUUCUUUUCUUGUGUGGAGAUUUGGACUGGAUUCUUUUAUGUUUGUAUAUUGUCCACAUUACAAGCUUUUUAAAACAAGCUAUGCAUCUUAUUGUUUUCCAUAACUGCUUCAAGUUAUUUUCUGGUAGCCAUUCAAGUGAGUUCUGUUCUUGUUUCCAAAUAGUUAUAUAAUACACCUAAUUGAAUUAGCUGGCCAUUGGCUAAUUACAUGCACGUUUAAUUACAGGAAAUUCUGUAAAAGUUCCCAUCUUUACCGUGAAAUAUUGAGUACUUGCAUUAAUCGUAAGUCUCUAGACUUGGACAACAGAAUUGGUUUGCCAACUAGAGAAUUUUUUCAGUCAAGCCCCCUAUAUCCUCAGAAAAUUUAA